AUGGGGGGGGGAUGUCGGGAAAACCUCAGCCAGUCGCGAUCCUGCACCCCACAACCCCAACCCCUGGCGCGGCGAAAGGUUAAUGAAGCUAAUGAAGGAGAAUGGGUCAAGACGAAGCCGAUGCCUGGAACCGAAGCAGAGUUGCUGUUUCUUGGCCCUGUCGGCAAACUGUCGGCCAAUCACCGGUGCUGUCAAUAUCGGUGGACUCUCCCGAGAGUCCAAACUACUGCUGUGCCAACCGGUGAUAUGCAUCGGACAAUGGAUCGGGCUGUUUUAUCUCGUCGGAUUGGGCCAUGGGACAAUUUGCAAGAGGUGGAAUUCUACCGGUGA